AUGUUAUUCGUUCGUCGUGGGAUCAACCCAUUCCCUUUACAAUGGCCACAUAUUGUAUUUACGUCGCUGUUCAUUCCACUGCUAGUUAUUGCCAAUCAGGCAAACUUCGACUUAGAAAAGUCUCUAUCAACAUCAUGUGACCGACAUUGCUACAAUGGUGUGUGCUUAAAUGGCUCAUGCGUAUGUUCGAAGGGAUGGGUUGGAAGUCAGUGUGAUCACUGCUACGGGCGAAUCAAAGUAACUGAAAAUCAUAGCCAUCUUAUUGAUGGCCCCCUUGACUACAGUCCUUCUUCGAAAUGCACAUGGGUAAUAGAGAGCGAAAAGAAGGUUGGAGCUCCUUUGAAUAUACGACUUGAAAAUUUUCAAACGGAGUGUGGUUGGGACUUCGUGUACAUCUAUGAUGGUGAUGGCGUCUAUGGCGAACAACUUGCAGCUUUUUGUGGUGAACAAGAAGUGCAAGAGUUGAGCGCUCCAUCUGGUAAAGCGUUGAUUUAUUUCUUCAGUGAUUUGGCGAUGAAUUUAAGCGGGUUCAAUAUUACUUACGAGUUUGAAAGAUGCCCUUAUAAUUGCAAUUCUCAUGGGUCAUGUCGAGAUAGCCAGUGUAUCUGUGACCAAGGUUUUACAGGUGAUUUUUGUGAAAUGCGUGUUUGUACAAAAGACAAUGAGUCAGGACCUUGUUUGCAUGGAGGAAUUUGCAAAAAUUCUCGUUGCUCUUGUGCUGCUUCGUAUCACGGAGAUUCGUGUCAAACUCGAAACGAUCGGUCUGUAUGGGACCGUGUUCCAACCAAUAAAGCACCCGCUGGACGUGCUUCACACGCAUCUGUUAUUAUAGAUGACGUUAUUUGGAGCAUUGGAGGAGAGCACUUCAGUGGGGUAGUAUUCGAGGAUCCUGUUUUGUUCAACAUAACUUCUCGAUCAUGGAAAUCUAUCGUUGUAGGAGGAAAAGUUAAACCUGGUCCAAGAUUUGACCACACUCUAGUACGUUACAAGACAAAGCUGUUCAUGUACGGUGGUGUUAUUGAUAGGAAGAAUAUUACAAGUGAGCUUUGGAGUUUCGAUUUGCAUACAAAGGAAUGGCAUCAAGAAAACGGCGAGAACAGGAACUUAACGUUCCCUCCCCUAGCCGUUUCUGGACACACUGCGCAUGUGAUUGGCUCUGAAAUGUAUGUGAUCUUUGGCUAUCAUCCUGAGAUAGGAUUUGUUCAUAACGUCCAAAUUUACAAUUUCGAGACAGGAAAGUGGCGAUUUGGAAAUACAAAGGAUCAGGUAUAUGGGCGAUUUCGGCACACAUCUGUCCACUACAAAAUGGACUCGGGUGAUGCGAUUCUCGUGUACGGAGGUACUAUGUGGUCCAAUACUCAAAACAAUCUCACUGACAGUCUAAUGAGAUAUGACAUCAAGCACGAGAAGUGGGCAAAUCUACCUCCAUCUGGUGUACAACUUUUCCUGCAUACAGCAACCAUUCUGAACGGUCUAAUGAUUGUCGUUGGAGGAAAUGGAUAUAAUAUCAGUGAAUCUCGAACAAAGCAGGAAUGCUUUUCAUCAAUGGUUCAAGCGUACGAUAUAGCCUGCAAACAGUGGUUCAAUAUUUCUUCUGGCGAAACUCAGUUACGACGUUAUGGCCACACCGCCGUUGCAACAAAUUAUGAGCUGUACAUCAUUGGAGGAUUUAACGGGAGAAUGCUGAAUGAUGUGUGGCGCUUCUCUGCAGCUGAGUGCUCGUCUGCUACACGUCCAGAAGAAUGUCGAUCACUGAUUGAUGGAGUGAAAUGCAUAUUUACGGAUCGUGCCUGCGUGAGAUUCGAUCCGUUUGUUAGCUACAAGCAAUCUUUCUUGUCUUUUGUCAAGAACGAGUCACCGAAAUCGAUGUCUGAAUGCAGGAACACUGCACUGAGGCAAGCUUUGCAAAUAUGCGAGGAGCAGAAUGAUUGCAUGUCGUGCAUUUCUGAGCCUGGCUGUGGUUGGUGUCCAUCUGGAGACCAGUGUCUUCCAAGUGACGGCGAAUGCGUUGACGGACAGGUGAUGUUGACAGCUUGGGAGAAAUGCUCCAUGUCGCGAGAUCCUCCUCCACCGCGCCCUUGUGGAAUGGCAAAUGACUGUCGAAGCUGUAAAUUAUUGUCUCAUUGCAACUGGUAUGCAGUUGAAGGGAAGCCUGCUUGCAUUCCAUUAGAAGAUGAAAUUCUACUGAGAAAAGAGCAGCUGGAUCGUGAACUGGAUCGCGUCGCUUCCUCCAGCCUGCCGCUGCGAUUGCCUACUACGCCACCUCCGAUUCCUCCCGGUCAAAACCUCUCAUACUGUCCUCUGCCCUGUUCGUCACUACACACAUGCAGUGAAUGUCUACAAGAGCAAAAAUGCAUGUGGUGUCCAAGUACUAGCAGAUGCAUAAACAUGGAGGCGUAUGCUCUAUCUUUCGCUUACGGCCAGUGUCACUCUUGGGUUGCUGGUCAUGCACAUGGUUUUGCAUUCUCGAAAUCUUGCAGAAUCGAAUCUUCAAACUGUUCUUCGCACAAAACGUGUGCUGAAUGUCAACUGUCCCCCGAAUGUGGGUGGCUCGAUGAUGGUUCUCGUACAGGACUAGGCACGUGCACGCGGGGAUCAGCACGUGGUCCAUUGGAACGUUCACCAAAUUUUCAUCCUCAUCAGUGGUAUUUCAUCGACUGUCCAGCUUGUCAAUGCAAUGGUCACUCGAUGUGCAACGAGACACGCCAUACCCUAGGUGGAGUGCAAGAAGUUUGCGGUGAAUGUCAGAAUAACACUAUGGGAAAACAUUGUGAAAUCUGUGCUCCUGGAUAUCACGGUGAUCCUAGGAACGGAGACAAUUGUUCAGCUUGCCAAUGCAAUGGACAAGCGGACACCUGCGAUCAUAUCACGGGUUCCUGUCACUGCAGAACGAAAGGUGUAAGUGGAGCUAGUUGUGACCGUUGUGAUCAGAAGUACUAUGGACAACCGAAGAACGGAACUCCUUGUUAUUAUGAGCUGAGCGUUGACUUCAUUUUUACGUUCAAGUUGAAAAAUGAAGACAAGGAUAAGCAUGCCACUGAGAUUUAUCUAUUCAGCAUUCCUCAUAAGAAGGAUACGGAUGUGACCUUCCAAAUCAGUUGCGAUGGAGGAUCUCAGGCAAAUGUGGCGUUGAAUAUCACUUCUUCUUUAUUUGAGUCAACUCCCAGAAGAAUGAUGCUCAAUACUACUUGUGAUUCGAAAGGUUUCCGCCGGGUUUAUGUUGCAUCGGAUCCUGAUUAUGCUUAUGGAACCGAUGCAAAUACUACGUUCUUUGUCCGAGUUUUCAACUUUACAACUCCGAUUACAAUUCAAGUGUCCUUUGCACAGUCACCCCCUAUCAAUUGGGUAUUAUUCUUUGUGAUAUUUGCAGCCUGUUUCAUUGUGCUUUUGGUUGUUGCUGGUUUACUGUGGAUGAUUAAACUUCGAAUCGAGGUGUAUCGAAGAAAUCAACGACGAAUCGAUGAAAUUGAACACAUGGCGUCUCGUCCAUUUUCUUCAGUCAAACUCGAACUUACGAGCCCACACUGCUUUGCGGCAUCGGGCCCGGUUCAAGGACCGACACCUCUUUCCGUGGAGCCUUGUAGUAAUUACAAAUCGGGUAUUUUCACGCUUGCCGUACGCUUACCGACAGGUGGUCGUGCAACAACGCCAAACGGUACAUCAGGACUUGCGGUUGCUUCUGCAUUGUGUCUUUUAACACCUGCACAGCUGGGUGUCCGAGUUUUCAACUUUACAACUCCGAUUACAAUUCAAGUGUCCUUUGCACAGUCACCCCCUAUCAAUUGGGUAUUAUUCUUUGUGAUAUUUGCAGCCUGUUUCAUUGUGCUUUUGGUUGUUGCUGGUUUACUGUGGAUGAUUAAACUUCGAAUCGAGGUGUAUCGAAGAAAUCAACGACGAAUCGAUGAAAUUGAACACGCAUCGGGCCCGGUUCAAGGACCGACACCUCUUUCCGUGGAGCCUUGUAGUAAUUACAAAUCGGGUAUUUUCACGCUUGCCGUACGCUUACCGACAGGUGGUCGUGCAACAACGCCAAACGGUACAUCAGGACUUGCGGUUGCUUCUGCAUUGUGUCUUUUAACACCUGCACAGCUGGGUGUGCUCCAAGCCCCAGAUAACUCAGAAAAUCGUAACAAUCGGAAAACUACUCUUCGGAGCUAUAUCCCUUUCUUACGAACCAGAUUGAAUGAUUCUGCCUGA